CACAUAUCUUUCCCCUUUAUAUCUAAUUGGAAAAUUGACUAAACCAUUCUCUUUCCUAUUUGUUUUUUUCUUUUUUAAAACAAAAAGACAUAGGCCAACUUCUUGCCUUGUUUUAACAUAUCCUUUUGUUUGAAAAGAAAGGAUUGCUCUAUUAAUAAAACGAGAAAAAAACCGAGAGAAAGCGAGAGAGAGAAAAAGAGAGCUAUAUAAAAAAAAGGAAGAGUUAUAAGCUUAUUUUUGAGUAAAUCAUUCUUAUACUCGAAACAAGAUACCUUUUUUUGACAUAACUAUCUUGGAUCAACUCUCAAAAGAAAAACAAUCGUCGAGGCAACACUUCUCUAUGGUCACCAUUUUAUAACCAACAACAAAACAACAGUGACUUCUCAAUUAACCAAAUCAAACAAGCUACAAUGAAGAAAAAAACAAAAGACAAACAGGCAAGCCGGCAUGAAGGCGCCACAGUAAACUAUCUCCCUCCAUCCCCUCCUGCUCAGCAGAAGCUUCCUCAAGAAGCUCAUUUUCAAUCUUCCUCAUCGCCUGUAGGAAGACCUCCACCUUUAUUUAUGGAUCAUCUUGGCAACACACCUGUGUUGGACGAAUUGACAGACGCAAGAGAUCAUGCAGUAUUUCAAGAUUUCGAUGCUUUCCUUGCUGCUCAAGAAGCACCUUCUGUUUCUUCUCCCAUUGUCAAUCCUUGCUUUAUUCUAAUGAAUCAACAGCAAAUGGAUUUCGAUCUCUCUGAUCUUUUAUGUGAUGAUAGUCAGGAUACCAUGCUAGACUAUGAAGAAAACAACCUUUUCCCUGCUUUGCCAGAUAAUACCAGUGGUUGAUCUGCCCACAUACUUUUUAUCUCUUAUUAUUUAACUGUACACCAUUUUCAUUUAUACAUUUGUUAUCAUUUCUAUUUUUAUAAAAAUUACCCUUUUCUCUGUCCCUUCUUUUUGAACCUUAAAAAACAUUACAUCUUUUUCCUCUCCCAAUAAAACGGCAUAUUUCACUUCCAUGUUGACCU